CCGCGCCGGCCCCUCCCCGCGCGGCCCGCGCUCCCGCCCGCGCGGGUCGGUUCCAGCCCCUUCCGUCGUCCCGGCCCCGCCGCUGUCCUCCGCCGGCCCGCGAGGGAGGACGAUGGGUCAGCGCGGAAAAAGUGGAUGAGGGCGGCGGCGGCGGCUGCGAGCGCCUGACUCGCGGGGCCCAAGCGCCGCCCGCGCCCCCCGCCCGCCGGCUCCAUGGACGCGCCGCGCGCCUCGGCGGCCAAGCCCCCGACCGGGAGGAAGAUGAAGGCUCGUGCUCCCCCCCCUCCCGGGAGGCCCACCACCCCCAGCGUGCACAGAGGACAGAGACCUCCCCGCGAUGCGUCCCCCAGCCCCCCGCGGAACCCGCUCGGCAGGACGGAGACGCUGGACGGCAGGGUGGUGGCCAUGACCGUGGUGCUGCCUAGCGGGCUGGAGAAGACGAGUGUGGUCAACGGCAGUCACGCGAUGAUGGACCUACUGGUUGAACUUUGCCUUCAGAAUCACCUGAAUCCGUCCAACCAUGCCUUGGAGAUCCGGUCUUCAGAAACUCAACAGCCUUUGAAUUUUAAGCCAAAUACUUUGGUUGGGACCCUGAAUGCGCAUACCGUAUUUCUGAAAGAAAAAGUUCCUGAAGCGAAGGUUAAGGCCGGCCCCGCUAAGGUGCCUGAGAAGACGGUGCGCCUGGUGGUGAACUACCUGCGCACGCAGAAAGCGGUGGUGCGCGUGAGCCCCGAGGUGCCCCUGCAGAGUGUCCUCCCCGUCAUCUGCGCCAAGUGCGACGUCAGCCCCGAGCACGUGGUGCUCCUCCGGGACAACGUGGCCGGCGAGGAGCUGGAGCUCUCCAAGUCCCUCAACGAGCUGGGGAUAAAGGAGCUCUACGCCUGGGACAACAAGAGAGUUCUUCUGACCAAAACACAGUCGGAGCCUUCCCUGAGCUGCCGAGAAACCUUUAGAAAAUCAUCACUUGGCUACGGUGAGACAGAUAAAGAGAAGAAAAAAAUUCUGGGAUUUUUCAAAGUUAAUAAAAGAAGCGAUAGUAAGGCAGAGCAACUCAGGCAGCCGGGGGCGGAGAGCGAUGAGGACGCCACCAAGUCCGCACUGGGAAGGGGCUCGAACGGCUGCUUGACGACCCCGAACUCCCCGUCCGUGAAUCCCCGUUCCACUACACUGGGUCCAUCGCGCUCCCUUGGCAACAUCUCAGGGGUGUCGGUCAAGUCAGACCUGAAGAAGCGCCGAGCGCCUCCCCCUCCGUCCCUGCCCCGCGCGGGACCACCCGUGCAAGACAAGACGUCGGAAAAGGUGUCUCUGGGGUCACAGAUGGACUUACAGAAGAAGAAGAGGCGUGCACCAGCUCCCCCUCCACCCCAGGCCCCGCCGUCCAGCCCGCUGGUGCCCCCCCGCACGGAGGACAGGGAGGAGGACAGGAAAGGCAGGACGGGUGUCGGACGGCAGGUGCCACAGAAGCCUCCCAGAGGCACUGCUCGGGGCCCCCCCCAGUUAGUGCUCCCCCCGCCCCCGCCCUACCCUCCUCCUGACACAGACGUGGCAGAGCCUCUCGGCUUUCCUGGGGAAGGCGCUAUUUCCGAGGCCUCCGACCUGAGACCCACAUUGAGCCUGCCCCUGGGACCUGGCGGUCCCUGCGGUGUGGACGGGGUCCCACCACUGCCGUCGGAGGCCGAGGAGACUGUGUCUGUGGGCAGCUGCUUUGCCUCAGAGGACACAACAGAGGACUCGGGAGUGAUGAGUUCCCCCUCGGACAUCGUGUCCCUGGAUUCCCAACACGACAGCACGAAAUCCAAAGACAAGUGGGCCACAGACCAGGAAGACUGCAGCGACCAGGACCUGGCUGGGACCCCAGAACUGGGCCCCCAGAAGAGCCCCUCGUGGGAGAGGAGUGGCUCUGGGAACUGGCAUCCGAGAAAUGGAAAAGUUGCUCCAGCCUCACGUGAGGAUGAAGACCUAUUCAUGACUGGCCAGUUCCAGAAAACCCUUGCAGAACUGGACGAAGAGCUGGAAGAAAUCGAAGAAAGCUAUGAAACCGACUCGAGCUUCCUCACCAACUGCGUACACAGCAUGUCCGGUCGCUGCCCGCAAGGCACCGUCAUCCCCGACGGCGAUACCGAGGCAAUCCCGGUGACAUUCAUAGGGGAGGUUCUCGACGAUCCCGUGGACUCGGGGGCAUUUUCCAACAGAAACAACAACGCUGGCUCUUUCGACGCUGGGAGCACCGCCAGCAAGAAGGCCCAGCUGCCGCCGUGCCAGGCCGAGCACAGCCAGCAGCACGGGCAGAGGAGGGCGGCGGGGCCUGGCUCACCCGCUCCUUCCCAGGACCCUGGGAGAGAAAUCAGAGUGGCCUCGACCAACACCUGGAAGGAUGUGACUCCCAGUAAAAUGGCGCCCAAGGCAACUUCUGCUUCAACGCUUCACACGCACGACCUGAACGCGAAGGAGGAAGGCAAGGCGCCCAGCUCUGCUCAUGGCAGGAGGACCCUGGGCACCAGGCGGGUGAGCACGCAGCCAGGGAAGGAAGAGGAAGGAGAUGAUAAAAAUGACGUCUGGACCCCACCUCCGUGGUAUCGAGGCCAACACCCAGGGGGGAGUUACGGGCUUAAAUAUGGCCUCACAACGUACAAAAUCGUCCCUCCAAAGUCAGAGAUGAAAUGUUACGACCGGGGAGCAUCUCUCUCCAUGGGUGCCAUCAAGAUCGACGAGCUAGGGAACCUGGUGAGUCCCCACACGAAUGCCGGCAGGACCAUGGUCCCGACGUCGCCCACUCUGGAAGCAGAAGCCCCGCCCAUUGGAAAAGUCAAAGAAUUCUGGAGGACCAACUCUAUAGAAAAACACUCUGGCCGGCCCACAGAGGGGGCCAAGAGGACCUCUACCCACACCACGCCCACGAAUCCACAACCUCAAGAAAGCAGACUCAGAGCGGAGCCCACUUCCCCAGACCCCAAAGCGACAUUGCCCCGGCCCCUGUCCCCCCACCCAGAAGAUGGGAGACCUCGGGAGGAGGGCAGAAGCUGGCCACUCCCAGCAGCUGCUUGUCCCCUGAAAGUGCCAGCAGCUAACCCCUCAGAAGUCCCGUUUCUCAAACCUCAGAGAAGAACAUCCAGCCAGUACGUGGCCUCUGCCAUUGCCAAGCGGAUAGGGACCCCGAAAGUCCACACUGACGUGGGGAGUAAGCCUGAUAAUGCCCAGAAGACAUGUGAAGGCAGAGCGCCAGAGCCAACUGGACGACCUCCCAUGACGAAGGAUGGUACCACCCCCAGCCUGUACCCAGAGACAGGCGUGCGUCACCAUGGGGACGAAUCUGCAGCAGGAUCCCAUCCCGGAGGGCAAAUCAGCAGCCCUUAUGGGAAGCUAUGUACUCAAGACGGUCCCACUGGCAUCCACAGAACUUCCCAUGGACCACUAAUCACAGCUGCCCAGACGGGUCAGGCUUCUGUGGGACAGAGCUGUGGUCUCAGCGGAAAGCAAAGCCCAAGGAACCACAGGACCAGCUCGGCAUCUGAUCCCAAGUGCCAGCCGGCCGGCACGAGUCCCCCUCUCCCCCACUCAGGAGGCGGUCACACUACAGGCAGUGCCCUGGUGAAUGGCUCCAGGUGGGUCUCCGUCCACACAGAGCCUCCUCACUCUCCGAGAGUGUCUGAAACAAACAGCCACGCUGGACGGGAGCCCCCAGAAUGGGAGGAGAAGCCGGGUUUGUUAAGCACAGAUGUACCUGAAGCCGAUGGUACCCUGCCAGCCAGUAUCUUUGGGCCAAAGAAGAAAUUCAGACCUGUGGUCCAGAGGCCAGCCCCGAAAGACACAUCCCUGCACAGCGCCCUGAUGGAAGCCAUCCACUCGGCGGGAGGGAAGGACAGGCUUCGCAAGACUCCAGAACCCGGCUCAGAGGGAGGUCCGAAGAAACCAUCCUACACAGAGGCAGACAGCGAGCGCUCAGCCCUGCUGACAGCCAUCCGUGGGCACAGUGGCACCUGCAGCCUGAGGAAGGUGACGUCCUCCGCCUCUGAGGAGCUCCAGAGCCUCCGCGGUGCCGUGGUGUCUGCACGUGGGGCAGAACCCCCGGGGCUGGAAGACCUUGGGAUCCAGUCGGCACCCGCCCUGCCGCCGGCGCCACCCCCGCCCCCUCCAGUCACCCAGGCUCCCACCGCAUCCCGGACGGCGUCCAGGUCCAGCGCGGGCCCCCUCAGCAACCCAGUGGACGCCAGGCAGGCCUUGAUGGACGCCAUCCGCUCGGGCACAGGGGCCGCGAAGUUGAGAAAGGUGCCCUUGCUCGUGUGAAUCAGUAACAAGAUGCGAUCGUGGCAGAAACCCCCUUGCAGGCUGCUCACCACUCACGAGCACCACCCGGCAAGGGACACAGGGAUCUGGCGGCUUCCUGGUCUCCAGGCCAAAACUCGCCUCGUCGACUUUCAGUCUGUAUCACAGUUCAGAGGGACGGGGCUGCCACUCUGCCACGCGGCUUGUGCCAAGGAAAUGUAUUUGCCUCUGAAUAUUUAAAGUUGCCAAUAAAAUAUUCUUGUUGGCAGGUUAAUGGGACUAUAAACGCUGGAGCCCAACACACUUAAUUAUAUUGAUAGACAAAGUGGAAAGAAUCAUGCCUUAGACCGAUUUUGGACCUUGGAGACUACCACAUGUAGAUGGUUAAAACCAUUUAGUUGUUGGAAAUCUUUCUGAAUUCUAGGGAAAAUAUAUAAAUCAAUUGAAACAAUCUGAAUGUCAUAUGCUACUUGAUGUAAGAAAAAAAAGUUGGUAGGCUUUUUCAAAGGUGACUUCACGGAGUCAUGAAAGUAUUGGAUCCUUAUUCCUCAAACAUUUGGGGUGAAAACCUCAUGGAGGGUGGCAGACCAUGAUCUGACCAACUAAAGCUAUUAAAAAUCAACCAUGAUCACCCAGAAUAACAAUCAAACGUGAUGUAUGAACAUGGCAGGUCUGAGUUCUCCUGAGGUGUUGGCUGAGAUCAGAAGGACAUUGGAGUGGAUGGCAGUGCCCACUUGGAUUGCUGUCCCCCAGCGGGCUGUGAUGUAGCGCGGCCCUCCCCAACUGAGGGCUGAGCACGGAGCCCGGAGGCUGCCCUGGGAGCCUUAGAAAUCCUCUGCGGGGCAGAAGCGUGGAUGCUGGGUGUCUGCGUGUUGGCCGGAUCAGAUCAAAACUGUGCUGAUAUUUCACAAUGUGGGUUUGGUCUCCGUGCUUUUGCCCAGCAGGUGAGUGGCUUCUGUGGAUCACGUGGCAGCCUUUUCACAGCACCCAGCACCCAGUCUCUGGUAUUUAUCUUAGAGGUCAACUACGGCUGUAGAAAAAGCUCUUUAAGGGAUUACUAGAAAUCAAGAGGAAUUCCUGAAAUAAAAUUUCUGUCUUCAUGAAGCAACAAAUAUGGCGGGAUCCUUCGAAUGUUUCACGAUUCCAGAGCCGGGCGUCACGUAGGACGGAAACUGCUCUGCGUUGUCUGAUGAAUGCCACUCACCUUCCCCAGGGCGGCCAGGGCAUCCAGCUGAUCGCUCUCACACCACACUGUCUCUACUGUUGGUCUUUUAGUGCCACGAAUAAAAGAAAAUGAAAGUGUA